GCGGCAGCUAGCCCGGCCGCGGGGUCCCGGGGCGCGGUGACGGCGCGGGGGGGCGCGGUGGCGGGAGGCGGGCAGGAGGGCGGCCGGCAGAUGGAAGAGAAGGGUCUGGCAGAGAGGUAGAGCCUGGAGAGCUGGGGAAAGAGCCCAUGGACGGAGGACGCCUGGCCGUGUAAACUUCACCAUGGCUGCCCAGUCGAGCUUGUACAAUGAGGACAGAAACUUGCUGCGUAUCCGAGAGAAAGAGAGGCGGAAUCAGGAGGCUCUGCAGGAGAGAGACAAGUUCCUUGAGAAGACUCCCCUCUUCGCAGAACCCUACAAGACUAAUAAAGAAGAUGAGUUGUCAAGCCGAAUUCAGAACAUGCUGGGCAAUUAUGAGGAGGUGAAGGAGCUCAUCAGCAACAAAUCCCACCAGAAUCUCAUAGGGAUUCCAAAAAGCGUUGCUCCUCUGAUCCCACAAGGAAAGCCUGAUCGUCCAUACUUCCUUGAAAAAAGCAGCCAUACUUUACCAUCAUCAUUCCACCGCACAACCCACCAUCCACCCAUGGGACCUAGAGUUGUAGCUCCUCCCCCUCCAAGCCACUCCAUUCAUUACCAAAAGGCACAGUCAAGAACAGAACAGCCUUCAGGUUUGCACACUAAGAGUCAUAGCUUAUCCAAUGGUUGGAGCCAAGGUCAAGAACACAAUCGUGGUGGCCAGGAAAGUUACACAGGUUUUCACCACAAGAGAAAUGACAGGCGUGCAGGUGGUGAAGGUCAUGCUAAUGAACUGCAGGCCUCUCUUUUGGCACUUUCUCCAUUGCUGUCAUCUUUGUCUUCUCCAGUGACACCCCUGUCACCUCUACAUUCCAGCCAGCAUAUCAAUUCCAGGUCACAGAACAGCAGCAAAAGUUACGGGACAACCUACAGUCAAACAAAAUCAUCUCAGGACCUAGUGACAGGGUCACAGGAGAAGGAAAGUCGGGAAAGCUCAGCCAUUAAACUGACCAGCACCACUCAGCCUUUGUCUCACACUUUUCCCCCAUCUUUGCCAUCAAAAACCAGUGCAAUGCAGCAGAAACCAACUGCCUAUGUCAGACCAAUGGAUGGCCAAGAUCAGGCACCAGUUGAAUCACCGGAGCUCAAACCUCUCCUGGAGGAAUACCAUGGAGAACCUUAUGAAAAAAUCUCAGAUUUAAAGGCAAACGCCAAAGCCAAACUUACCAAAUUGGAAAUUCCUUCUGAGCCUAUAGAGCAAACCUUUCCCAGUGAUGUCCACUCCAUUGAAGAAAUUUUGAAGGAAAUGACCCACUCAUGGCCACCUCCCCUGACAGCUAUUCAUACGCCUAGUACAGCAGAGCCUUCCAAAUUUCCUUUCCCAACAAAGGGAUCGCACCAUGUUGGAUCUGUAGCCCAGAAUCACAAACAGUAUGAUGCACCUUCAAAAACGUUGCCUUUUUCUCAACCAAGAACAUCAAUGCUCCAGGACGACCUGCAGCUCAGUGAUAGUGAAGAGAGUGGUGACGACCAAGUUGCUGAAAAGGCACCAGCCUCACUUGCUCCUCCAAGUGCCCUACAGUCCCAGCCCAAGAGUGUGGCAUCAGCGCAUUCCAGCAGCCCGGAGUCAGGGAGCACCAGUGACUCAGACAGCUCUUCAGACUCGGGGACAGAGAGCAACUCGAGUGACAGUGAAGCAAACGACCCUCCAAGAGCAUCAGCGCCUGAGCCUGACCCACCAACUUCUAAUAAGUGGCAGCUUGACAACUGGCUAACCAAGGUGAACCCACCAGCAGUGCCAACAGAAAGUCUUGGCGAAAUCGCCCACACGGAUGGAUGCGAGGAGGACAAGGAUCAGGACAUCAGCAGCAAUUCCUUCCACCAGCAUGCUGAGUCGAGGGAGCCUCAUCAUAAGAGCACUGGCCGAGCGGCCAGGCCUCCUCAGGACACUUAUCUCCCAACCAACCUCCCAAGCCAGCAGUCUCCUGUGCGUGCUGAGGAGCCCUCCCCCAGGCAGACUGUGGGCAUCAAAAGACCCAGCAAGGCCCCAGGGCACGAGUGGCCCAAGGGAGGCCUGAAGGUGGAGAGUGACCCUGCUCCUUUGGAGGUCAGAGACCAGUCUUCCCGAGACAAGCCAAAAGUCAAAAGGAAAGUGAAGCCAAAAUCCAGCGACAGAGGCGACGCGAAGGCGGCACUGCAAGAGCCCCCUGAGAACAGAAAGCACAAGAGCUCCCACCAGAGCCAUGCCAAACCCUUGUUGGACCCCAAGCUCAGGAGAGAGGUUUUGCUUGGCGGUGCCCAGGAGCAUCUCGCUCUCAGUCCCCUUCCUCAAAGCCAGGGCACAACCCCCACCAGGACUAGCAGCCACAGGCCUGCUGUUGUGGCCAGAGAGGACUUUCACAAGGAGAAACUUCCCUUGCCUAUGAGGGAGAAGACGUUGCUCUCGCCAGUGACGGACCCCCCUGUGCCUCAGUCCCUCAUGGUGAAAAUAGACCUCCCUCUCCUGUCCAGAGUCCCGCAGCCCCCUGGAAAAGGCAGCCAUCAGAAGAGAGCAGAGGCCAAGGAGCUCCCUGGUGCAAGGAAGCAGGAUCUGGAGAGGAAAACCACAGACGCUCCUGACAAGUCCCUUCGGAAGAGGAAGAGGGAAAUGGAGAAGGAGAUUGAUAGGAAGAAAAUGAAAUCAGGAAAAGAAACAAAAUCUUUGCAGUCUUCGGCUAACAAAGACUCCGAUAAAUCGAAAGCACCAAAAGCUUCAUCUGAAACGCAGAAGAAAGAUCUCCUGCUACCCCUGCCAUCCAUGUCUCCUGCACAUCCUGCACCAAAGUCCACCAAGAUGGCCCAAAAGAGACCCAGAAGUGAGACCGGUGAGCUGCCUACCAUGGAUAACACUGCCUGGAACAAGAGCAACCACAAGGGUCCUUUGCUCCCCAAGCGCAGGAAAGUGGAGAGCAAUCACGCGGAACUGUCGAAGGGCAUCAAAGGAUGUGUAGGGGAUGUCACAAAUCCUUUCCCAGUGCCUUCUGUGCCAAAUGGUACCUCCAAGUCGAGCAGACCUCAACUCAACUUUGAAAAACAGCAUCCGAUGGAACACUACAUUGAAGAGGCCAAGAGGCUGAAGCACAAAGCUGAUGCAAUGACCGACAAGACUGGAAAGGCUUUGCAGUACCUAGAUGCCGCCCUUUCCUUCAUUGAGUGUGGGAUUGCCUUGGAAUCGGAUGCACCAGCACCAAAAUCAGCCUACAGCAUAUUCAGCGACACCAUCGAUCUCAUCAAAUUCAUCAUGACACUGAAAUCCUUUACGGACUCCUCGGCAUCUUCACGUGAAAAAAUCCUUGCCGUGUUAUGCAUGCGCUGCCAGUCCAUUCUGCACAUGGCCAUGUUUCGUUACAAGAAAGACACUGCGAUCAAGUAUUCUAGGAUCCUGAAUGACCACUUUAAGAGUUCUUCCAGAGUAACACAAGCACCUUCUCCCUGUGUUGCAAGAAGCACAGGUGUACCUUCUCCUCUGUCUCCAAUGCCCUCUCCCGCCAGUUCGGUGACUUCUCAGCCAGGAUCGAAUGCUAGCAACUGCAGUGGCAACAGCACUGGCUCUUCCGUCACUGUCCCCUACAAUAUCCCAAGCAUCACCUCUUCCUACGUCAACAUCACUUCCUAUAUCCUCUAUGCGUACGAUAUUUGGGAACAGGCUGAUGCACUGGCCAGGAAGAAUAAGGAGUUUUUUGCUGAACUCAGCACAGCGACGUGCGCUCUGGCACUGAACAGCAGCAUGGCCGAACUGGUACACUACACUAGACAGGGUUUACAGUGUCUGAGACUGGAAACAAAUUCGCCUUAACUGGUGCUCAAGGUGGUUAAGUACCUUGAACUUUUUUGCACUUUUGAAGCCUCAGAAACAGCCUGACUUGUUGAAUCAUUGGCUACAAAGCACCUGCAAGGGAAAAUAAAUCAAGGUGGAAGGGAUCUGGUUACACUGGAAAAGCUUGGAACUGUGUUUUUAGGGUAGCGCUUUUGCUGCCUUGAAAAAGAAGAGCUGGAGGAAAGCCUCAGCGUUGAUGGCACCUUCCUUUAAAGCGACAAAGUGCAAUGAAUUGUCUGAAUGGCUCAAUGUAUUGAUGGUCAAUAAACAUUUCUAUUACAAAUAACCAGCAGGACAAUAAUCACACAUGAAGAAGUGCCGACAAGAAGGAAAUCUGCCUCCAGAGGUUAUUAGGCAACAUCCCACAGUCUGCAGCAGCUGUGUGCCCAGAAGACAUGUCAAAGUGGUUUUGCCAGCACGGAUUCAAUCUUUGGUGUCUUUGUUCUUCGGAUGGCAAGCAGCAACCUCAGGAGCACCAAAGAGCAUUAUGUUAGAGUCAAAACAGUCAAAAGCACUCUGCCCUGCCUGCUUUCCAACCUCACCCUCUUGCCUUUUUCCGCCAGCUGCUGCCCUGAAAGUGGAGGGAAAGCCACUGCCUUCAGUGCUGCAAGUUCACUUUAAGUCAUCGCUGCUUUGGUCCUCCUCCUUGCCAUGCACCCGCACACACACGUGCCCUUAGCACUCAAACUGUGUUACUGAGGGUCUUGCUGGGUUUAAGCCUUGUAAGUCAAACGCAGCUGGGGUGGCAACAUGAGCCGGUGUGGUUGGAAACAGCUCUGCCUGUCUCCUGUGGUGGAGGGACGUCACUCACGCGCAGGACUCCUUGUCCGGUUUUUUUUUGGCCUUUUGAUGGGUGGGGGUGGAGAGCUCUACUGGGUCACUGGGAUUGCUUGGAUGUUGUUCUGAGUCUGAGAGCCUACAUGGGCAGGAAUUGCUUCUGUUUAAGGAAAGACUAAGUGGCUGAAUGUGGAACAUAAGACAAAUUUUGCAUUUGGAUAUUUGCCUGUGACUGCUGGUCUCGGUAAAUGUCUAAGAGCAGGAUUUGGUACCAAAGUAGGACAUCCUUCCUGUGGGAGACAGGGCACGUGCUCUUUCUCAACUACAGGAUGGGCCCAGUGACUUGGAAAUCUGUCACAAGAAGGUGAAAGGGAAUCAUUAGCUGUUCACAAGCAUUUUUUCCUUGUCAGGAGCUACAUUUUUGAAAUUGUGAUUGUGCAGGUGACAGUAACAGUGAAGGCAGCAUCCUCAGCGUCUGUGUAUUCAGGAAGAGGACACCCUUCUCCACCCAAGGGUUUCCUGUUUGGUGACAGCAGCGUCCUACCGUCCUUAUAUCCAAUACUGUGCCUUAGCCCCCUGGUCCCCUUUCACAUCCCUCGCCCUAUCUCUGACAGGCCUGUGGGAGCGGCAAAGAGAAGGAUGCUAUCCCAAAAUUAUUGGGGGGAAGAAUUAGCUCCCUUGUCCACAUACUUUCCAGAUGGAGGGACAGGUCUGCACGUGUGCAGUGGUCCCCGCUUUGUAAAACACCUGCUCAGGGGUUUUGAGGCUCAUGAAAAGAGACAGUAAAUAGAUGCCAGAAAAAGGUCUGUGUUUCCAACAGUAGUUUCUGUAGAAAUGGCUCCAGGGAAGCCUGUAGUCAUUUUGCCCCUGGGAGGAGCUGGCAGGAGCGUGCUGUGACUCUGCCCUAGUCCCAAGCACAAGGGAGCUCUGCUCUCCUGUCCCCUCCCCUGGCAGCACAGGACUCCCGGGACCCUGCCUGGGUCUUUCUGCACCUUGCAGGGACUGCCCUUUUAUGUGCACUUUAGUAAAAGCCUUAGUGCGUUUCAGGGAUAAGCUGUCCUAACCAGUGGAAGGAAGGUCCAUGUCCCCACCUCCCCGUUUUCCCUAUCAAACUUUACUUGCACUCCUUCUCCCUGGGGGACCAACUGCUCUGAGUAAGGCAGGGAAGAGAGGGGCUCGGCAUGAACUGUUCUGGUCUCAGGAAGCACGGGGAUGGCCCACCGGCCUGAAGGCUGACGUGCCUGAUGUGCACUUCGGAGCUCAGUUGCAGACCACUGGGUCAAUGCCGCCCUCUGACUUUGUCUUCACUUACACCUAUGUUCAGGAUCCCCAGCUGAGGAGGAGGAAGGAAGGAAACAAGCUUUAUUGAACCUGAAAACCGCUGUGGGAGUCUGCAAGAACCGCAGCAGAGUGUCAGGGGAAAGUGUAAGGUGAAGCAGGGACAGGGGUCCCCCCAGAACUUUCAUUUGCCCACACCCAUCUCCCUCCCUGCUGCCAGGCCAGGUUCCCAUCGGAGAGGCACUUGCUCACAGCUUGCCCCCCCCAGGGGGACCUCCUGCUGCCACUGCCCCCAUCCUGCAUCCAGCUUGGUGCAGCCCGUGGGUGUACCAGGUCCUGUCCUUUUCUGCCUUUUGGGCAGUUUGCUGCCCAGAUAGCGAUAAUCUGCUGCCCUGCUCCCAGGAACGUUCAUCGGGCGAGCAAAGUCGGUAGGAAGACCCCCGGCAGGUGAACUACUGGCAUUUGCUUCUUUGCACUUGGGAAAAGGCAGCCUGUGCUCGGCCACCCUGCAGAGGUGGUCUUGCAAGGGCUGCUCCCCUGCUCCCAGGGCCAGCUCCCCUGGGCUUCAGAGAGAACCAGAUCACGGGCAGUUUGUCUCGCAGGCGUGUGGGGAGCUAUUUGGGGGCACUCAUUUCAAAAGCCAUCUGUGGAAGCAUCCGUAUCAGGCUACAUAGCAGGAAGCUAUGUUUUGUUUCAGGUCACGGAGAAGACUGUUUAAAUAAUAGGUAAUUGUUAAAAAGCCAUCGUGUUUCAACCUUGAGCCAGGUCAGAGGCCUGCAAAGGGUUAGGAAAGAUGCUCAUCGUUUUCACUUGGGUCUGUUCAGGCCUUUAAAAAAAAAAACAAAAAAACAAAACAAAACCAAAUAAAAAGCCAAACCAACCCAAACCAAAACGUAACAGUAGAGGAAGUAGCAUUUGCCACGAGGAAAGAAAACAAUGAAUUCAAGGAAAAAGAGGUGAUGGUUGAGUCCCAGGAGGAGAGGAGGCAGCUCUGGUGGCAAAGCAGCAUCAUUUCCAUGCCAUAUUUACUUAGGAGAAGUAAUACAUGUGUUGAAAUUGUCAAAUGUUCUGUUUUUAAGAUGCCAUUUAUUUAAUAGUUGAAAACACCACUUCCAUGGAGAUAGAGAUCUCUUCUGUAACUGAUAGUCAAAGUCUGACUGCAAUGUUCUUGAUUUUGGUUUUGUCCUCUACCCUCCCUCUUGGUUCCCAUUAUCAAUCUGUACACCUUAAACUUAUUUUGGUGGUGUAUGUCCCUCUUGUAAAUAACUUUUUCUGCCCUGUGUGUGACGGAGUUUCCAAGAUGGUCAAUUCAUUCAUGUGGGGAAAUAAACAAUAAAUGAAGUAGCCGAUGUGUUAUGAGUUGUUACAGGAGUU